GCCCAGUCACUCUCCUCAAAACAUUCUCCUUUCCCUCUUAAUAUAGUGCCUUAUUCUGCCCAUAAAUCCUUUGGACAGUAGCUGAGAAUAAUUCCUACAUAACUUUCUACUUCAUAUACAACUGCAGCAACCCACAACCACUCCUUUCAGAUUUCAACCAGUCUAUACCAUCCUCUGGGCUUGGAAGGAUUUGUAGCUUAUACAAUAACAUACAUAAGUCAUAUAUCCUUUCGGACAGCGAUCAAUUACUAUUGUUGUUAUAGCAGCAGUACAAAAAAUCAACAUCGAAGAGGCCGAAACGUUUCAAGAUUAUUAUCAUUUGGAUUUGAAUCGAACUCAUUCAAAUUAUAUUAACAACAUCGCAAAAUGUGUAAAGAAUUGUAUGUGUAUCAUAAGUCGUGCGGUGGCGAUGGUAUCAAACCAUGCAUCUGUGAUAAGUCAUGUCCAUACUACGAACCCUACUUCGCAAGUACCUGCAACUCUACUUGGCUAAGAGGAGAUGAUAAUUCUACAUGUAAGAGAUGCCCCCACAGAGCCAUGGACGACGAAAGAGAUAAGACCGGACAAAUUAUGCCUGUCGUCGCGUGUCACAGCUGUCCCGGACAUGAGGGUCACAUGAAGGGCGCCGAUCUACCAAAGGCUAAUCCUAGCCAUCGGUCAGCUAUAUCAAAAAGAGCAAUAGAAAUCAAGAACCAGUUUGAACGUUCAAACAUUCCAGCAAGACCUUCUUCAGUAAAAACUGCUGGAGCUUCUCUGGCGAGAGGGCCAGAAUUUGCAGAGUACCUUGGGAAAGUUUUGGCCCAAAAGAUGUAACAAUUCGUGAUGAAGUUAUUAUCAAAGUAUUCUAGCGUCAAAUGACUUCGCAAUCAAUUCCAGCACGCCACA